UCGGCAAGAUGACGAGAUCGUGGCAGGAAGUCGUAGCAGCCAAGAUCGGUACUCGAGAAGCAUUGAUCCAAGUACACAAUUCCAACAGCGAAACACCUAAAAUCAAAGACCUCACAGCGAUAGAUGAUGCCAGUAGAUUGACUCAGCUACUCGCUUCCGGCAGUGUCACAGCGGAGGAAAUCAUCAAGGCUUACAUCAACCAGUAUGUCAAAGUCACAAACUGUCUCACAGAAAUUUGCUUUGACGACGCCAUAUUGCAGGCAAGACGUCUCGAUGACUACCAACGAGAACAUGGGGAGUUGCUGGGCCCUCUUCACGGUGUACCAAUCUCUCUCAAAGAUCAAUUCAACGUCACCGGCUUCGAUUCAACCUUGGGCUAUGUUGGUCGUGCUUUCCACCCAGCAGAGUCUAAUGCACUUCUCGUCGAUACCUUACAAGGACUAGGCGCCAUAAUCAUUGCAAAAACGAACUUGCCGCAGAGUAUCAUGGUAGGUGGAAAGUCUUGCAAGAGAUCGAGACAGAUGUUGACUGGGCCANNGUGGUGCGAGACUGAAAAUCCACUAUGGGGAUUGACCACUCACCCGAUGAACAAGGAUUUUACUUCCGGAGGCUCCUCCGGUGGUGAGGCAGCUUUGGCAUCACAUGGCUCACUCAUUGGCUGGGGCACUGAUAUUGGCGGAUCCAUCCGUAUCCCCAGUCAUAUGAAUGGUCUCUGGGGCUUCAAACCAAGUGUAAAAUGUCACAUCCAUACACAUGUCCAUACAUCCACUGACGCUAUUGACAGNAGUGGACGUAUGUCGUACCGAGGUGUUGAGGUAUCCCAGGAAGGCCAGCAGCAUGUACCUUCCGCUGUUGGUCCCAUGACAAGAUCUCUGAGCUCCAUGGUUCACGUUACAAAACUUGUGAUUGAAGCAAAGCCCUGGUCUCUAGACUCACAACUACCUCCAAUGCCCUGGAGGAGCGAUGUUUUCGACACCUUCGCUUCAAAAUCACUCGUCAUUGGUGUGAUGCCUGAUGAUGGUGUGGUCAAGGUUCACCCACCAAUAGCACGUGUGUUUCGCGAGACGGUGGCAAAAUUGCAGACUGCCGGUCACGAGAUUGUGGAGUGGGACAAUUCGUUGAACGGCAAGUGUGUCGCGAUCAUGGUACACGGGGGCGAAGAUAUCCGAUCUGCUGUACUGCAAAGCGGCGAGCCAUUCAUACCACACGUACAAGCUCUGAUCGAUCGCGGUUCGCCAAUCACAGUCUACGAAUACUGGCAGUUGAACAAGAGGAAGGUGGCCGCUCAACAAGCAUACCUCGAAAUGUGGAAUAGCCUGCAGUCUCCAUCAGGACGUUCAGUCGAUAUACUGCUUGUCCCCACCAUGCCACAUACCGCUGUACCUCACCGCUGCUGCCGCUGGGUGGGCUACACCAAGCUCUUCAACUUUCUCGAUUAUCCGGCGUUGUCGUUUCCAGCGGGGAGAGUUGACAAAGAGGUUGACGGCAAGUUGGAUCAAGGAUAUGUUGCUCGCAAUGAUCAUGACUCUUGGAACCAGAAACUAUAUGAUCCCGAGUCGAUGCAUGGCCAUCACAUUGGUCUGCAGAUCGUCGGGCGCAGAUUCGAAGAAGAGAAGGUGUUGGGGGCAGCUCAGCAGAUAGAGAGUUUGCUC